AUGCUAGCUGAUACUAUUGAAAAACUUAGGAGCUCACAAAAGUCUACACAGGAAAUGCUCCGACCAAUUCCAGUUGCGUUGGCAUCAUGCACCCGGUUCUUUGAAGCUAUGUCUGCAAUGAGAGAAACGUUUGCCACACUUAAACAAUUGCGUGUUGGUUCUUCAUUGCCCACCACACCUCCCAGGCGUUCUUCUCAAGGGGUGGUAGGAGACUCUGACUGUGGCACUCCACCUCCUUGGAGAGAGGAACCAAGCUUGGAUGGGAUGGUUAUCAGAAACCACACGAGGCAAGAGGAAGAAGAUGAGACUAGUGAGGGAGGUGACCCUCAUGAGAUUGAUAGCAUGAGCCAGAGGAGGUUAUCUUGGCCUCCUUCAGUCGAGAAGACUUAUGUAAUCAAUUAG